AUGAACGGACCGCCUCCGACUCGUCUCGUCUUUAUUUCUGAACUCCGAACUGUUCCUCAUCAUUCCAAAGUCCGGUUCAUUGGAUGCGUGACUCACUACGACGUCAAAAGUGGUAGACUAGGUGUUGAGCAUAAACGACGCUCUCCAUCAUCGACAAAACCCACCACCAAUGAUGACGAUAAUACAACAACAACAACAACAACAACAGUGCUAGUGGAUAUUUACCAUGUACUCAAUGCAAUCAAGGCCGAUGACCUCGAAGUCGGCGCGUGGCUCAAUGUUUUUGGCUACGUGAGACCAGAAGCACAUGCCAGUCUGCAAGGGCAAGUCUAUGUCGAGGCAACAAUGAUUAUCAAUGCCGGUGCUAUCCGUAUUGGCGAGUACGAGCAGACUGUCUGCGACGUGCAAGAAAUCGACCGCAGCGUCGCUCGGCCUUUUUGA